AUGGGCCUGAGGUCGCGGCGCCGCAAGAGGCCACGGCGCUCCCCUGCCCAGUGUCCUACAGGGCUGCCAGAGGAGCAGGCAACACCCUCCUGUUCUUCUCCCUCAUGUGAAAGGAAACGUCAGGUCCCCAAGGAGGAAGUGUGCAGGCUAUGCCGGCGGAUAGACUGUGACCCUGAUGUUGUUGGGCAGCUGUGCCAUCGCAAUGGGCUUUCCAUCCACGAGAACUGCCUGUACCACGCCAGCGGGCUGACCCAGAGAGGUGCCGAUGAAGAUGGCUUCUAUGGCUUCCUCUUCAGUGACAUACGGCAGGAGCUGAAGCGGGUGGCACAGAAGAAGUGCUGCAUCUGCCGGCUGCCCGGUGCCUCAGUCACCUGCCGACGCUGGCACUGCUCCCGAAUAUUCCACUUUCCCUGCGGAGUCGAUCGAGGCUGUAUCUCCCAGUACUUCAAAGAGUUCAAGUCCUUCUGCUGGAAGCACCGGCCGGUGCAGCGGGUGCAGGCAGUGCAGCAGGACCGGACACUCUGCCUCGUCUGCCAGGAGGUGGUGGCAAAGCGGCCAUGCUAUGACACCUUGGUCUGUCCUGCCUGCACCAGUGCCUGGUUCCACCGGCGCUGCAUCCAGGGCCAGGCACUGCGCUCUGGCCUGCACCAUUUCCGCUGCCCGCUCUGUCAGGACGUGGACACCUUUCAAAAGGAGAUGUUUCGCCUGGGCAUCAAAAUCCCUGACAGGGAUGCUGCCUGGGAGGAGGACGGGGCCUUUGCAGACCAUUACCAACAGCACAGAUCCUGUGACGCCAGCCAGUGCCUGUGCCCUGAAGGACGAGAGGAGACAGAGGAGAAGGGGCCGUGGAGACUUCUGCUGUGCAGCUCCUGUGGCUCCUGUGGGACACACCAGCUCUGCUCCUCUCUUGAGGAAGAUGCUGUCUGCUGGGAGUGCAGCGACUGCAGGAGGGAGUGGGGCACAAGCUUCUUGUGCUCAUUGUCUCCCUUUCCCUUGUAGUGCCCCCCAUUGCCUCCAACCCACCCAGCGCAGGGAACCUCACACAGCGCUCCAGCUCCUGACGCUUCAGCUGAGGAAGAAGAGGCCAGGAUCCUCAAAGGACAACUCAACACCUAAAUGCUUUCCCAGCCCAUUUCCCAGAAACCUUGCAGAUCCUCCCUAAUAAAAACUGGGGAGCAGUAA